UUGUAAGGUCUAGGGUUUUCAAUUCCAAGUGUUGAAUAUAUUUCUGCCAGUGCUUAUCAUCUUUUAGUUUCAAAAGGGAAUUCCAAGUUUCCAUUUCUUUUCUUCCUCUGAGGUAAGAGAGAGAGAGAGAUAAACUGAAACAUCAACCAAAAGAAGAAAGAAAGUCAUCUCUAACACAAACUAGAUGCCACUAAAUUCCUGAACACUGUUUUCUUGAAAUCAUUAUAUCAUAUCAUAGGCAAUAUAGAAAAAGAAUUGAUAAGGAUUACAGCUAAGAAAAGAUGAAGGAAAUUAGUGAUAGUUUUGAAGAUUCCAAGUCAUCAAGCUGUUCUCCCAAGAAAGUUGACGAAGAUGAUGAGGAAGUAAAGAGAAGUUGCUUCAAGCCAAGAAAUAGAGAGAGCUCUAGCAAUGAUAGCUCAGUUGAUCAUGAAGAGAUUAGUGAAAAAAAGGAAGGAUCGAAAGCUACUAGAUCUGUCCGGCAAUAUAACCGGUCCAAGAUGCCUAGACUCCGGUGGACGCCUGAUCUUCAUCUUUGCUUUGUUCAUGCAGUUGAAAGACUAGGCGGAGAAGAAAGGGCAACACCAAAGUUGGUUCUUCAAAUGAUGAACAUCAAAGGCCUUAGCAUAGCUCAUGUAAAAAGCCAUCUUCAGAUGUAUAGAAGCAAGAAGAUUGAUGAUGCUAAUCGAGAGCAAGGGCUUAUUUCUGAAGGAGGUGAUCGUAAUAUCUUUAACCUUGGCCAGAUUCCUAUGCUACAAACUUUCAAUCAAAAGCCUUUCGCUAAUUUUAGAUAUGGAGAUGCUUCUCGGAGAUCUUUCAUGGGAGGAGCUGUCAUUCAUAGAGGAAAACAAGGAAUCAACGGCUCAGAAUCUGAUAGAUUUCUUGGAUGCAAUAAGAAUCAAAAUUCACUUACUUAUAAUUCAAAUGUUUGUUUUCCUUUUCUCAAUGAACAAAUCAAUCAGUCUCUCGAAGAGUUUAAGUCAUUUCACAGAUCCUGGCGGAUCGAAAGCAAACCAAAUUCAAUGGAUUCCAACUUGUUCAUAACCAAGUUGCAAGAAAGAAGAGGAAUAGACCAAGCAGAUUGUAUCAGCAACAAUAGCUCCAUUAACAAAAAUUUGAAAACAAUUCAAGAAACACGGAACGGGCUAAAGAGGAAGACUAGUUUAGAUGCAGAUUGCAACUUGGAUUUGAAUUUGUCCCUGAAAGUAACAGUAAAAGAUCAUGAUGAUGAUAAUGAUGGAGUCCUUGACCAUGAAAUGGGUGUUGAGAGUGAAGAAUUAGUUUAUUGUAGUACUUUAUCUCUUUCUUUAUCUUCAUCUUCGUCUUCAAAGCUUAGUGGGUUGAAAGAAGAAGAUGGAAGAAGAAAAAUUAAGGAAGCAAGAAGGACAAGCACUCUUGAUCUGACUUUAUGAAUGAGACAAUUCUAAGUGAGAUCAUGGAGUACUUGUUCAGGAACACAAUAUGCCUGAUAUGAUUGAUGAUCAAAUGUCAUAUUUUGUACCAAAACAAAAGGUAAAUAAUAGUCAUCUAUUAUUUCGUCUUCAACUUCUUUUUUGUUGCUUUUUUUGCUGUUGUUGUUUCCUGUGCAUGCAAUACAAGCUAGUUAGGUUUCAAUGUGGUGAUAUCCAAGAAAUAGGUUAAUAUUUUUAGCAUUACAAGAUAUGCACAAUGGCUUCUAGGUAUUGUUUUCAGAGUUGAACCAUAAAUGUAUAGGGUUUUUUAUUUAUCUUGGAAACUCUUGCCUGAUUGUCUGAUACCCAGAAAAGUAGAAUUGAAAAACAGGAUCUUGAAAUGCUCAAAUCAUACAAAACCUUUUGUUAUGUUAUCCCUGAAACUGUGCUACUAUAAACGACAAACAUUUCUCU